AUGGUUCGAUUUACCAUCUCUUCUCUCGUCACCUUGGUUGCGUUUGCCCCUAUCAUCUCUGCAGACUUCCUUCGUGAUGGCACAUAUCGUAUUUCCUGUGACCCAUUACGCCCGGAUAAUAUUAAAGCGGACGCCCCGGGACGCCGAUUUUUAGCAAUCAACUCUCCGAAUGCGAAUGCUACUUUCAGUCGUUAUUUGAACGAAUCUCGUUCCCCGCAGUGGGAAGUUAGAAAAGCCCCAACUGGAGUUGAAUAUACUAUUACGAGUCUGUCUUUUAAGGACUCAGACCUAGGAUAUCCAUCGCCGGCGGCAGGAGGAGUUCAAGUCCGUGGUGACAAUGGCACUGAAACAAAUCUAUUAAUUCUCAGCCGCUGGAACAUCAAUAACGCUACAUCCGCGGCUGGAGAGGUAUACUUCUUUGUGCUGCCAGCCUCAUCCAGAGAUUUCUACCUCGACUGUAAUCAUGGUCCGUCCAACUCUAGCCCGGCGUUCUUGCGUCCCAAUACUACCGUGAACUCGGUUAUUCCACUAUAUUUCAAGAGAACAGGCAAUUUACCAGAUCCAGGUGAGGAUCAAUUCAAUAGCGAUUGCAAGUGCGCUGUUUGCUUAUGGGAUGGUCAACCUCUGAUGAUGACUACUGCAUCUCCCCCUGGCUAUUCUCGCCUCUUCGCGACUGGACUGUUUCUUUCUACGGAUGUUCCAGCUACAGAGAGUCGAUCAACGACCCCCACACCAAUGUCGACUGCUCCCCACACUCCGUUUGAACCUAGUUAUAUCGGCUCGGCCACGCUUGUAGUGCCUGCCUCGUCCCGCUCUCGACGCCCAAAGCUGGCUGCGCUGCGAACUCACUCGGCUCGCACGGUGCCUGCAACGAACCCGCCUUCUGCGACAACACCUACUUCUGCUUCUAUGCCACCCUCGCCUCGUGUCUUAAGAAGACGAAGAUCGUCGCUGACGUUAUCUCACAAUCCUAUUACGGCAAUCAAGAGUCCGACCAGGGCGGCCCAUCUCUCAGGGCGUACUCAUAAUCUGGUUCAAUCGCUCAGCACUCAUGCACAUCCACAUGGUUCAAGCUCCAUCAAGGAGCGUCGGACCUGUAGCCUUGAUGCGCUCGGAGAGAGGAGCUUCGAGGGCGCUGAGAACACACCAAAGUCCAGGAAACGCCCGCCCAUCGCACGCAAACCACCCCCAACGACACCGUUGCCAGCACCCCCUUCAGUGAUCCCUGCAUUGACCCUAAACACUUCUUUCCCCUCUCCCAAUUCACUUUCACCAGCGUUGACGCCUUCGCCCAAUGUGCUCCCUGUUUUAACGCCCGGUGCGAUCGAGCUUGGAUUGCACAAGUUUUCAUUCGGGAACACUCUCAAGCAGCCGCGACCUACUCGCAGCCCGCUCGUAUCCAAUAAUGGCAACACUGUCGAUCCUAGCUAUUUUGAUAUCGCUAUUAGGAUGUCGUCGCCUGUGCUACCCGAAAACGAAAUGGACACGAAUUAG